AUGGGCAUUAUCUGGCUUUGGCCUCAAGAACAGCCAAUUCGAAAUAAUAGCUCUGCAGCAUCGCCAGGAAAGGCUGUGCAAGAGCGCAUACAGCAGAUCAAAGAUGCCUGCGCAGACCCAUACCCUCGCCUAGCAGUGGAUACACGCACAGUGAGCUGCGCCGAGUUUCGCUCUCGCUAUGCCGAGCUCGCCGACAAUGAUUCAGUAGAAGACACAGUCGUUGUAUCUGGAAGCAAAUUGAUCUUCUUCGAUAUCGUGCAAGAUGGCCAUAAAGUCCAGGUGAUGUGCAACAAGCGUCGUCUGGAAAGUGUCUCUCCCGAGGACUUCAAGAAGUUCUAUCGUCUUCUGCGUCGCGGUGACGCCUUCUCUGUAACCGGUAGACCGCACCGCACAGGACGAGGCGAGCUCACUAUCGACGUGAGCGAGUUGCCGCAGCUGCUCUCGCCGUGUCUGCAUGAUGUGCCCAUUCACGAUACCAAUCACGAGACCUCUCCCUACCCUCGCCAUGUCCAAUUCCUCGCCGACCCCGCAACGGCCGAUAUCAUUCGAGCCCGCGCGGCGCUUGUACAAUAUCUACGCCAGUUCUUCAUCGACCGGUCCUUUAUGGAGGUCAGUACCCCGAUCAUCGGGUCUGGCGCAGGCGGCGCAAUUGCUCGUCCGUUCAAUACAUCCGCUACUGAGUUCCCAGACCGCCAGCUGUCGCUGAGAAUUGCACCAGAGCUGUGGCUCAAGCGGUUAGUGGUUGGUGGGUUCGACAAGAUAUUCGAAAUUGGACCUUCGUUCCGCAAUGAGGGACUGGACAAAACCCACAACGCAGAAUUUACCACCUGUGAAUUCUACCAGGCAUAUGCCAACCUCGAAGACCUAAUGACCAUGACUGAAGACCUCCUCUCCGGCAUGGCAGCCCACAUUCGCGCCCUAAACACAGGCACUCUUAACCCUACGACAGCCAACUUCACAGCACCAUUCCGCCGCAUCGACUUCCUUAUAGGCAUUGAAGAGGCCACCGGUCACAAACUACCUAAUCUCGAAUCCCCCGACGCCCUAGAUAAAGUUCUCGCCAUCUUCACCGAACUCUCCCUCCCACUCCCAACAAACCCAACCCUCCCCCGCCUCCUCGACGAACUAUGCAGUAUCUACGUCGAAUCGCAAUGCAUCGACCCGACAUUUAUCAUAAAUCCACCCGAAUGUCUCUCCCCACUCUCUAAAUCCUUCAUCCACCCAACGACCAAGCAGCGCGUCGCCGCGCGCGGUGAACUCUUCAUUGAGGGCAAGGAAGUUGUGAAUACAUACGAGGAGGAGAACUCACCCUUCGAGCAGCGCCGCAAAUUCGAAGACCAACUGCGGUUUAGCAAGGCUGCUGGUGAAGCCGGCGAGGUAGACGAGAGUUACCUCGAAGCCCUGCAGUGGGGUUUGCCUUCUACGGGUGGAUGGGGUUGUGGCGUUGAUCGUCUCUGUAUGCUGUUCACCGGAGCUAAGCGAAUUAGCGAUGUAUUGCCAUUUGGCAAUCUCCGGGCUGUGACUAGACGCCAUGGGCAGUCGAGCAGCGACGGGGAAGUUUUGAUUUCUACACACAUCAUGGAGAACAACAUCCAGGUGGCUGACGCCGUUACUGUCAGUCUGCAGGAACUUGUAGAUGGAACUGUAUCCUUCGACACUCUAACCGAAGCCUUCGGACCGGCCUCUCUGGGCAUUAUUGUCGUCAAAGACCUCCCCUCGACCUUUAGCGACCUGCGAGCAAAGGUUCUCUCCAAUGCCUCAUAUCUGGCAGCUCUCCCUGAACCAGAACUGGAAUCCCUUACCAGCCCAGAAUCCAAAUACUUGGUCGGCUGGUCCUGCGGUAAAGAAACACUGAAAUCAGGCCAUUUCGACACACUGAAGGGCUCGUACUAUGUGAAUUGCGCCUUCUAUCAGGAUGCAUCUCUAGAAAGCGCCCCGGCAGAUAAUUUCCCCGAUCUACCCCAGUAUACCGCGCCAAACAUCUGGCCUUCCCCAACCAAAUUACCCGAAUUCAGGGGUAGCGUGGAGUCACUAUGCAAGCUGAUCAUCGAUACCGCGGCUCUCGUCGCCAAGGCAUGUGAUCGCUACGCGGAAGCCAACAUCGAAGACUACAAGCCUGGAUAUCUGCACCACGUCGUGACAACCAGCCUGACAACCAAGGCGCGGCUGCUACACUACUUCCCCGGCAAUCAGGAAGAAGAGGCUGCCAGUGACGAUGACUGGUGCGCCACACAUCUUGACCACGGCUGUCUGACAGGCUUGACAUCAGCCAUGUUCCUUGAUGAAGCGGCUUCCCCUCCAACUCUUGAUUCAUCUUCGGGAUCUGUCCCUGCCACUCUCCCUGAACUGCCCCGUUCCCCGGACCCGUCGGCUGGACUGUACAUUCGCUCGCGCACUGAUGAAAUCGUUAAGGUCAAUAUCCCCAAGGAUUGUCUGGCUUUCCAGACCGGUGAGGCCUUGCAGUUGAUCACUCGCGGCAAGUUUAUGGCCGUGCCGCAUUUUGUUAAGGGGGCCAAGGCUAGUCCUGGGCAGAAAAUUGCGAGGAAUACUCUUGCUGUGUUUACGCAGCCGAAUCUUGAGGAGGAGGUUCAGCCUGGGUUGAGCUUUGCGGAGUUUGCAAGGGGCGUUGUGCAGAAGAAUUAUUGA